CAGCUGACGUUAUCUCUCUUUCUUUCCGCCUCCUAAUAAAGCGAAGCGACAAAAAAGCACACGCGGAUUGAAAAGAAGUAAAGAACCAAAGCCAGAGACGACUCCGAAUACGGCACCGUUUCAUCGCCUCCUAUUCUUCCUCACCGCUGUGACACCCAUCGCUAAGCCCAAUCUGGUUUUGUGAUCUUGUCAAGUUUAUCAGUGGUGACCAGGGAAUCGGUAAAGCUGCGGUGGUUAUAAACUAGUGCAAGUAAAUCAGAAGGGAAGUUGUUCAAUUCUCUACACCUAGUGGUGCCAAGUAAUUUAAGCUGGUCAGUACAAGUUGAAAGGACAAGAGUGACAUUUGUUUCCCCAAAGUUGGGACUGGGAUGUAAUUGCAGUGUCUUUGUUAUACAAGUCUAUGUUUUCAUUAUUCCCAACUGGCUUGGUGGACUUAGAUGGAUGUUCCCUCGGCGGAACUACCGUGUGAAAGUCAAAGUGAUACUUGCCCAUUGUUAAUGGAGCAUCCAGAAUACCCUAACCGUAGUGAGCACAUCGUUGACAUACCGGGGUGUGCUGAUGCAUCCUCAUCUAGCUUGCCUCAUGAUAGGCGCUCUAAUAGCAUAAACACAUCGCAGCUGGAAGACAGACCUUCAAGUAGCGCUAGAGUUCCCAUUUCCCAACCCCAAGUUUCUUCCUCUAAUGGAUCAAAUUCCAGGAACUCCUCGCAUGUAAGGAGAGGAGAUGCCCGUCGACGCAGGAGUCCAUUGAAUUCUGGGGUAUGGAUAUCGAUUGAACUAGUUCUGACUCUGAGCCAGAUCGUUGCAUCUAUUGUUGUUUUGUCUGUGUCAAGGCAUGAACAUCCACGUGCGCCAUUGUUUGCAUGGAUUGUGGGUUAUGCAUCUGGAUGUGUUGCCACCCUCCCCCUUCUUUAUUGGCGCUAUCGCCAUCGUAACCAGGUUUCAGAGCAAGAUUCGACUCAACCCCAUCAGACUUCUCAGAUUAAUGUUCCUGCAGGGCCAUUUUCUGUGUCUGUUAGUAGGAAUUCAGAAGGGGAAGAUCGUCAGGCUGCAGUUGGAUCCUCUAGAGGCAGUCAACAUUCAGGAAGACUGAGUGCAAGGAUUAAGGUACUAGUGGAAUACUUCAAAAUGGCCUUGGAUUGCUUUUUUGCGGUUUGGUUUGUGGUUGGCAAUGUGUGGGUCUUUGGAGGGCACGCAUCUGCCAACGAGGCUCCUAAUUUGUACAGGUUAUGUAUAGUGUUUCUUACCUUCAGCUGUAUUGGAUAUGCUAUGCCCUUCAUUUUAUGUGCAACAAUUUGCUGUUGUUUGCCUUGUAUAAUCUCCAUCCUUGGGUUUAGAGAAGAUCUGACACAGACUAGAGGCGCCACACCUGAAUCAAUUGAGGCUCUGCCAACAUACAAGUUUAAGUUGAAGAGAAGUAACUCAGGUGUCAGUGAAGGUGGUGUUGUGGCUGCGGGAACCGAAAAGGAGCGCCUGUUUUCUGGAGAAGAUGCUGUUUGUUGCAUCUGCUUGGGAAAAUAUGCAAACAAUGACGAGCUGAGAGAGUUGUCAUGUUCGCAUUUUUUCCACAAAGAUUGUGUGGAUAAGUGGUUGAGGAUCAAUGCCUUGUGUCCUCUUUGCAAGAGUGAGGUGAAUGGGAGCAUUUUGGGUUCACUCUCUCGGCCAAAUGGUAGCCAAUGACAGCGUGAAAGUAGAGUGGGAAAUGGUUGGGUGAGCAAUGUGUGCUAAUCUGAUAGUAUAUGUAUGUCGACCCUUGGGGAGAAUAUCCAUAUGAACUGCUAGUUUUUAACAACUUCUGGACGGUUGGAUGAUUGCCCAAAUGCACCCAUUCCAUUCUUUUCGAUUUUCUGCCCCAGUUUUGGGUGAGAUGUAGACAUGUUAGCUUGCUAGAUACCAUUGAAAUUGCAUUUGGCAGACAUGUUAGCUUGCUAGAUACCGUUGAAAUUGCAUUUGGCAGACAUGUUAGCUUGCUAGAUACCGUUGAAAUUGCAUUUGGCAGCAUCGUGUGGCCAUGUGAAGCCCUUUUAUCUGGCACUGGCUGUCAGAGUGAAAAGAUUUUAUGUAAUUAUGAUAUACGAAUAUGUAGAACAGAGAUGUUGCGAGCAAGUAAUAGAUUGUUUCUUGUUUA